CUAUUUUCUAAUAUAAUACGACGCCAUGAUAUUUGUUUCACAGAUUCUCUUCGAAUCGUGUAACGAGUAGAGCAUACUUUUCCUUGAUUCUGAUCAUUGGUUUGUGUUUCUAUUAAGGAAAAUUUUUAUAAUUGUGAAUUUAAAAUAACACAGAUUUUCCUAAAAAAUGGCAUACCGUGAUCGUGAACGUAAUGAUAGAAGAGGAGGAGGAGCACGCGGUGGCCGUUUUAAUGGUCGAGAUGGAAAUAGUGGAGGUGGAAGAUUUAGUAGUAAUUCCAAUAGAGAUAGUAAUUUUGGAAACAAUAAUUUUAAAAACAGACAACCUGGAGAACGUUUACGGAAACCAAGAUGGGAUAUGAGUACAUUACAACCAUUUAGAAAAGACUUUUAUCAGCCACAUCCUAAUGUUACAACUCGAAGUUCACAUGUAGUUGAAGCUUAUCGUUCUGAUAAAGAAAUUACUGUGAAAGGAACAAAUGUGCCAGGUCCAAACAUAUAUUUUGAGGAAGGUGGAUUUCCAGAUUAUGUAUUAAAUGAAAUUCAUAGACAAGGUUUUGGAGAACCAACUGCAAUUCAGGCACAAGGUUGGCCUAUUGCUUUAUCUGGACGUGAUAUGGUUGGAAUUGCUCAAACUGGAUCUGGAAAAACAUUGGCAUAUAUUUUACCAGCAAUUGUACAUAUAAAUCAUCAACCAAGAUUAAACCGAAAUGAUGGACCUAUAGCUCUAAUUCUGGCACCAACAAGAGAACUUGCACAGCAAAUUCAACAAGUUGCAUCAGAUUUUGGUAUUUCAUCACAAGUAAGAAAUACUUGUAUUUUUGGUGGAGCUCCAAAAGGUCCUCAAGCUCGAGAUCUUGAACGAGGUGUUGAAAUUUGUAUAGCAACACCUGGACGUCUUAUUGAUUUUUUAGAACGAGGUACAACAAAUUUACGUAGAUGUACAUAUUUAGUACUUGAUGAGGCCGAUAGAAUGCUUGAUAUGGGUUUUGAACCACAAAUUAGAAAAAUUGUAGAACAAAUACGACCUGAUAGACAAACUCUUAUGUGGUCUGCAACAUGGCCAAAAGAAGUUCGUAAUCUUGCAGAAGAAUUUUUAACUGAUUAUAUACAAAUUAACAUUGGCUCUCUACAAUUAGCUGCUAAUCAUAAUAUUCUCCAAAUUGUUGAUGUAUGUGAAGAAUAUGAAAAAGAGGGUAAACUUAUGAAACUUUUAGAAGAAAUAUCAAAUGAACCAGAAAAUAAAACUAUCAUUUUUGUUGAAACUAAGAGAAAAGUAGAUGAUAUAACACGUGCAAUUAAUAGAUAUGGAUGGCAAGCAAUUGGCAUCCAUGGUGAUAAAAGUCAACAAGAAAGAGAUUAUGUAUUAAAUCAGUUCCGGAAUAGCAGAUCUGCCAUUCUAGUAGCUACAGAUGUUGCAGCAAGAGGAUUAGAUGUGGAAGAUGUUAAGUUUGUGAUAAAUUUGGAUUACCCGUCCAAUUCGGAAGAUUAUGUACAUCGGAUCGGACGUACAGGACGGUCACAGCGUACCGGAACUGCGUACGCAUUUUUCACUCCUGGUAACGCACACAAGGCUAGUGACUUAAUACAAGUUUUAGAAGAAGCAAAACAAGUUGUAAAUCCUAAAUUAUACGAAUUAUCGAGAAAUCCAGGCAUUUAUAAAAGAGGUCGUUAUGGAGGACGUAGCGGAGGUGGCAGUGGACGUGGUUCUGGAGGCCGCGGUGGCGGCGGUUCACGAGGUUCGCGAGGAGGUCGUGAUGGAGAUAGAGGUGGAAGAUUUGAUCGUUCUAAUAGUAGUAGUGGUGGAGACCGAGGAAAUAAAUGGAAUGGCACUAAUAGCAGUAUGACUUCAAAUAAAAAUUGUGGUAUGGGAGGUGGCAGUUAUAAUAGUAAAGUAUUUUCUCAAAACAAUUAUGGUGGAGGUUCUGGUGGUGGUUCCAACAGUUAUAGUCAAAAUGGUGGAUAUGGAGGAAGCGGGGGAGGAAGUAGUGGCAGUAAUUAUAGACAACAAAAUGGUUAUUAAUUUUAAGAAAUACUUAAAAAUAAUUAAUUUUAAGAAAAACUUUUAUGUAAUAUAGUAAAAAAACAAGAAAGAAAAAAAGAAACAGAAAAAUAUUCUAUUUCAAUAGAACAUGUUUUCUAUGUAGUGUAGUUUUUAUCAUGACUAAACAUGUUUUGUUCAAAUAGAAUAUUUUUUCUAUAUGACGUGCUUCUCGCGCUGACUAAACAUAAAAUAGAAUAAAAUUCACGUAAUAGCGAUUAAAACAAUAUAAUUAAAUGUAUUAGAAGGUUUAGAUUAUGAUAAUUUAAGGAUAUUCAUAAGCAUUCUUUUUUAUAAAAAAAAAAAAAAAAAGAAAAAAGAAAAAAAAUGUACAUGUAAAUGUAAUAGCAGAUCACAUUACUGCUGAUUUUUAACUUCGAUUUUUGCAAAUAUAACUAUAUUAUUUUCAUGGAA